UCAAGUGGUUGUCAUCUGAACAAGUUCCUCAUCAGCUUCAACUUCAUAAUGUGUUUUGUCAUCUCAGCUAUUUCAAUUCUGCCCAAGAUCCAAGAAGGUGCAUACAUAGUAGCAUUACUUGACAUAAAUUUAAUUAAAUUGAUUUAUCAGUGUCUUUGCAAUUGUCAACCAAAUUGAUUGAUUUUUACAAGUCAUCUAUUUAUUUCUUGUAAGUUACCAAAUCAAUUUUGAAAAUUCCAAACUCUUACCUGUUACUAAACUCACUUUUAUUAACUGACUUUAGACAGUUAUUAUUAGCUUUAAACUCUUGUAAGCCCCUCAUUAGUGGCAAAUGGUGGGAGAAGUUUGACCCUUUAGGUAGAUGUGAUUGUUCAGUUGAGGUUGAAACUCAUAAACAACUAAAUUUGAAUUUAUUUCUUAUUCAAAGUAUGAAGGAGGAAUAGUCAGAUCUUCUCUGUACCUAAACUUAGCUUGCUCCAAAUUUAAAGCAAUUUAUCAGUGAUUGAUUUAAUUUGAGCAAGUGAUUGUUUUGAACAAUUUUAUGCUGGUUAGUGAGCUUCAUUCACCACAGUGACUGCACCUUUUUCUCCCACAGUACAACCCAAGUCUGGUCUCCUCCAGGCCUCCAUCAUCUCUCUGUAUGCCAGCUACCUGACCCUAUCGGCUCUCUCCAAUGAACCAACAGAAAAAGGUAUUUUUGCUGCAUUCGCCAUUGGCAACUGAGAGGUUUGCUGGGAUCUGGCAGGAAUAAUGAGGGCUAGAUUUUAAGAUAAUGUGUUGUUCCUUUUUUCCUUGUUAGUACAAUCUCAGGGAGGAAACAGCACCAGUCAAGAAAUUUGUGGGAGCUCAAUUGGGACAAUUGAAAACUCAGAGACACUGGCUUUAAUUGUUGGGCUUGUUAUAAUGUUUGUGCUUGUCAUUUACUCAAGGUCAGUUUCAGCCGUGUCAGUAGUAAUAUAUUGUUGAGUGUCAGUUGCCAACCCAGGUGGAAAUCUUAUUAAGAUCUUACUAAGAUUCUUGUAAGUUUCUUACUAAGAUUCUUAUUAAGAUUCUUAAUUAAGAAUCUUGUGACAAGAUCUUACCAGAUUCUAUAAGAUUCUUAACUAAGAAUCUUGAUAAGUAUCUUAGUAAGAAACUUACAAGAAUCUUACAAGAUCUGGUAGGAUUCCUGUGACAAGAAUCUUAAUUAAGUACCUUCACAAGUUUUCAAAAGAACUUGUUAAGAUUCUCAACAAUGUCUUAAUGAUCUCUAAAAGAACUUACAAGAACUUGUGAGAUUUUCAAACAACUUACAAGAAUUUUUGCAGAAUCUGUAAAAAUUCUUAAGUAUCAUAUUUUUUUCAGACCAUAGUAGGUAACUGAUGGUUUAUGCAAUAUGCAGUAACUGGAAAGAAUUUCUUCAUCCAACAUUAAGCAAAAUUUAUUGCAAAUUCUCAACACUGUGAAAUUAAUUACUAAAAAAGAUCUUGAUAAGAAACGUUAACUGGUAAACAUGCACGAUUUAAAUGACAACUGUACAAGAAGAGUUCUUGUUCUUCCCUUUGGUGUGUUUUAAAAAUUUAAAAAAACAAUUGUUUUAAUUGUUGGAGUCAUUUGACAGUUUGAUUUGAACUACCAUAGUUAUCCUUACACAAAUAAGCCAUAAUAACGAAAGGCAUGUCCCAGUUUUAAAUUGUUCUUCGUUUGAUUCAAACUGCAAUGGUUUUUCUUCUUUUAGAAUAAUUUAAGCAUGAAAACAAAAAAAAACAACAAAAUUUCGUAUUGCAGCAAACGUGUUCAAAGAAUUAAAGCUCAAUAUCACUCAUCUCAGUUGGCAUUUUAGUCAAUUUGACAGCUACUUGACAAGCAAAUUUGCAAAUAUUUCAAUUUUGUACAAAUAUCAACCAAGCCUUAGUUCAUUCAACAUUGCCCUCUACAUUGUGAACUUUUCUCUUGGAAUCCAAGCAAUUUUUUUUAUUCAAGUAGAGCCUUAUUUGAGACCACCUCUUAUUCAUUUGGGCAUCACCAAAUUUCUGUUUUAUGGCUCCUGUGGGAAGAAAAAAAAGAAAAAAAGAAAAUAGUAAUUUGUAUACAGGUACAAAAUAUACUAAAACCUUGAGAGCAUAUUUUUUAAAACCCCUGCCAGAGAGGAGUAAUAGGAGCUUGGUUUCAUUGUGAGGAGUACUAACUAAGGUAGAGGGGAGGAGCUUCUCAAUGGUUCUCCUUGAUCACCAUCAUGCCUCAUCUGUACGCAAAGAAAAGGAGGUAGUGACUAUCUUUAACAAGAAUUUAUCAUCUUUAAGAGCAAAAUUUUUAUGCACAGGUUCCCAGUUAUGAAUCUUGGCAAUUUACACUGCCCAACUCCAAUCCAACAAACUUUGUUUACACUUUGCACUGCUGAAACAGCUAUUCCAAAUUCCCACAAAAAGUUGAUAAAUGAAAAAUUACCUUUUUACAAUCAGAGGAGUUGCCACCCUUCUAUCCCAUUCUGUGCUUGUAGCAUUAAGAUGGGACUCAAAGUCUACUUUAUUCAGGAUACAAUCAUUUUUACAGGUGAUCCUAUCUCUCCAGUUCUCCUGUGAAUAUGAAUUGAAAAAAUGUUUACAUUUGUUGAGCAAUCCCUCCACUAAAUUAAGUUUCAUUAACCUUUAGAACAAAGAAAAUUGUGAGAAAGGGAAGCAAGGAAUCAUGACUCAGCAUUAAAUGAAAACCAGAAAAAAAUACACACACAUUCACAAAACAAAACAAAUAAAAACUAAACAGAACCAAACAAAAUACAAAAAAUGUUGCAUGGAAUUAAUACAGGUAUAGAAUGUGUUAGAGUAAAAAUUAACAGGAUAACAGUGCCAAAAUUCUGCCUUAAGCCAUCUAAGUCAAUGAAGUCUUGAAGGAGGGGGGGAAAUGAACUAUCAUGCACCAACAUUGAAUAUUUAGAGUUCUUACAUCAUCAGAAGAACUUCCCAUUUUUUGGUAAUUUUUGUUUGCUUUGGGAAGAUUCCCAUCACUGUGGACAUGGUCGUGAUAGUCAAACCCAGUUUGGCUUUCAUCAUCAUCAUCAUCAGUGGAAACUUUUAAGUAGAACGUGGCAAUUUAUAAUUCAUUAUUUGGGAAUAAAGUAUUUCCAUAAUCGAUUUCGCGUUGUUAUUGCACCCUUCUAGUUUAACUUCUAGUGGUUGUUAGUAAAGCCGAAGACAAAUUAAUUGUUUAUUGUGAACCAUUUCCAUGCGAGACGACUGGAAGCUACGAUGAUUCUGCCUACAACACUUAAAUCCGGAACAAUCUCUCUUUUAAAACUGACUUGAGAGAAUUGCUACAAGUGCAGUAAGGUUAGCAGCCGCCGUUACGGGGUUUUGAUGAUGAUAGCGUUACAUCUCGUGUCAGUUUCCACUCAAUUCUAAACAAAAACGCUUCCUGACGAAAUCGAACCCUAACGAGAUUUUAUGAUUUGCCUUAUAUAAAAAUACCGUGGCCUUGCAAUUACAUAAACUUAUCGUCACUUUUUUCGUCCAUGCUAAAAGAAUCUAAAAAGUGCGAGAAAUAAGUCUAUCGCAUCACCUUCCAGAUGUGUAAUGUUGAUAACGUGAACUUAAUGAAUAAAAGUCUGUAGCACUUACCUUCGGGAUGAUUUGCCUUCAUUUGCUUCAGUUGCAGUCGCGCACUAGUUGCUUUUUUGGAAAUCUUCUCAAGAUACUUAAACUACCAAGACCAAUGUGUUCCUUGAGUUAUGAAGCGAGUGUCGUGCACAAUCAUACGUGUGCUUUCUAUGUGCUUAGAUGUGUAAACUAUUCACCUGAGGCCACUUCACGUGACAGAAUAAAACAAGGAUAUCGCAACCUUGAAUGUGUAAUCGUAGUGUUCUUUCACAAGAAAAGCAAAACGCGAUUUAUCUUCUCUGGUGUGCUGUAAACUCAUGUUACUUACCGACUGCGUCAUUUUCUGUAUUUUAAGCGACAGUAACAUUAGUGAUUUUGCAAAGAACUUGGCUUGUAAAAUCCUAAUUCUCGAGAUCAUUAUUCUUCGCCAGGGCUUUAGACACAAUUAAAUUUCCCAACGAGGUAGAUAACACUCAACCAAAGUAAAAUUUCUGUAGAACUUUGCCGAAACGAAAUGGCGCGUGAACGGUUGACAACAACGGUCGAGUGAACAAUUUGUAAUUUUGCGCCGGCCGUAGCGGGAGACUGGGGAGAGCCUUAGUGAAAGUACAAAAUGUCACGCAACUCUCGCAAGUAUUUUGUAAGUAACUACCUAUAAACUUUUUAAAAAUACUUUUAAUUUCUGCCAUCAGACCGGUCUGCAAAUUUUCGAUGUUUAUUUGUUAGUUAUUUUGUAAAGAAUUUGGUCGGUAAAAUCCUAAUUCUCAAAAUCAUUCUUCUUCUUUAGGGCUGUAAGGCACAGUUAAAUUUCGCAACCAGGCAGAUAACACUCGACCAAAGUAGAAUUUCUGUCGAACUUUGUCCGAAACGAUAUGAUGCAAAAACGGUUAACAACAACGAUCAAGUGUACAAUUUGCAAUUCUGCGUAUGCGCUGUGGCGUGGAAUGCCUUGGUGAAAGUACAAAUUUUGUGCAACUUUCUUGAAAAAUAUUUUUACAAGUAGCUAGCUAUGAAUUUUUUUAAAUACAUCUUUUCAUUCUGCCAUCUGUCUGCAUAUUGCCAUAUUUUUUUUUCUGAACCAUAUCAGCGAAAGUCUCUUGCUUGUGGAAUGUGGUGACAUUAUCUAUGGGUGUCUUUAUGUUCAAGGCAAAGAUGGGAAGGUUUAAUCCCUUUCUAGACACUCCCUACGAACAUGAUUAGUGAUUAUUUAAACUAGCUGUUCAGUAUAUUUAUAUUUCAUAAUCAAUCAUCAAAUGUAAUCUGAAGUCUGUCCAAAUUUAAUCUAUUGAUACCAUAAUUCCAGUGGAACAAUUACCUCGUUAGAAAGCAGCUGCAUGUGUAUUGUGUUCUCGGGUCUGAAAUUUGCACACCAUACCAUAGAAGCUUACUUGACGUUAUUUGAUCCCCUUUUGGACAUGGGAUUUUUCACAUCAUGUGUGAGAGGUUUCAAGCCUUAUGCAUCCCCAUGCUCUCUUAUGAACAGAACAGGAUAAGCAUUUCAAGUUACUCAAGAAUGUACUGGAAUGAACUUGAUAAAAUCUUGUCAAGAACAUUUAAAUUCCUACUGAUCUUAAAAUUUUGAUUCUUACAAAACUCUUAGAUGAACUUUAGAUGAAAUCCUGUCUAGAAUCUUUAUGAUGUUACAUUUACAAAUCUUACUUAAUUAUUAAGAUUCUUAACAAACUUACCAAGAUCUUGUCAAGAAGCUUGUAAGAUCUUCCUUUUCUUCAAGAUUAGGAUUCUUACAACUGAGAUUCUUAAGUGAACUUUAUAUGAUGUUGUUAAGAACUUUCAAGAUCUUAAUGCCCAUGUGUUGUAAAAUUUUUUUUAGGAUUCUUAAAAGAUUCUUAAAUAAACUUAAUAAGAUCUUGUUGAGAACCUUUCAAGAUCUUAACCCCCAUUUCUUGUAAAAUUUUGUGAGGAUUCUUACAAGAUUCUUAAAUAAACUUAAUAAGAUCUUGUUAAGAACCUUCCAAGAUCUUAAUCCCCAUGUGUUGUAAAAUUUUGUCAAGAUUCUUACAAGAUUCUUGUAUAAACUUAAUAAGAUCUUUUAAGAUCUUACAAUGCUCAAACCUGGUUAAGAUUUGUUCAAGAAAUUUGGCAAGAUCUUAUUAAGAUUAUUAAUUCUUAAUAAGAUCUUAGUAAGAUCUUCAUCUUAAUUGCCAUCUUAUAAGAUUCUUACAAGAUCUUCCAAGAUCUUAAUAAGAUUUCCACCUGGGAAGUUAUACAGACUCAGUCAUGAUAACCACAUAUAUGAGAACACAGAUUUUCCACUAUGGCCAUAACAAGAUGAGGUAAACAGUAAUUUGAUUCCAGUGAGAAAUUAUGUUCAGAUAGGUUCUUGGACAAAUUCUUAUUGCAAUAAUGUUUUUUUAAAACAUUCUCAAAAUAUUAAAUCUAAAAAUGUGUCGUCUUGUUGUAGUCUGAGAACGGUAGGAAGUGCAGAUAAACUGGUUCCAUCAGCAGGGGCCAGUUCUAAAAAUGGUAUGUAAAGUCCAUUUUUAUUCAGUAGGUGUAAUGGUGCACAACAUAUUUAAAAGCUUAUUGGCUUACUCAGGCAAGUUAUUGGCAGAAAAUACUUUUUUUCGCUAUCUUUCCUGGACAGCCUGAUGUUUUAAAAGUAAGAAGGUUUAGAAACAAUGUGCUCUUUCAACUUUUUUUUUAAGUGACUGUUCCAGUUUGCUACAAAGCGGCACAUUAUGGCCACUAGGCUGGGUGAAGGUAUUGUCAUUUGUUGGUCGCAAGCAGAAAAGUUGACAUGCAAUAAGAGCUUUAAAGAUCAGUUAUUAACCUUCUAGAUGCUGGCACCCUCAUAAGUUCAAAAGUUUUAUCUGGUCAUGAAUAACUAUUUCUACAAAGUUCUCAGGAGGUUUGUGUAUAACAAAUUCUUAAUUACAGCUGAUGAGGAGAAAGGAGGGCAGGAAAUAAUUAGCGAUGAAGAGGAAGAAGUGGCUUACAGUUACUCCUUUUUUCACUUCAUUUACUUCCUGGCCUCACUGUAUAUUAUGAUGAUGCUCACAAAUUGGUACAGGUGAGCUCUUUUUGUUGGGAUAUUGUGCAGUUCUCAAGCAGAAAAAUAAUUUGGGUUGAAAGAUGGUUUCUGGAAAAAAAGAAAUUAUUCAUUGUAACUUCUCAAGGGAUGCAACCAGAUGAAUAAAGAUUAAAUGAAAUACUAUUGCUAACUGAUCAUAAGGAACCUUGUAAGAGUGCUUGUUUUGCUUAUAACAUAUCUUUGAGAAUUUCUGGCAUAGUGGUCUAGAUAAAUUGUUAUUUGUCAUCCUCCUACAUCUAAUCAACGUAUUGCACUGGUAUGUUGAAAUAAAUUAUUUCUUCUCCCAAUAGUCCCCAGGGCAGCGAUCUGGAGAAUUUCCAGAGGACUUCUGGAUCAGUAUGGGUCAAGAUGAUAUCUUGUUGGCUUGGUUUUGCAUUGUAUCUGUGGACACUCUUAGCUCCUGCCUGCUUUCCAGACAGAGAUUUCAGUCGUACUCUUGCUGCAUAA